UCAGAGCGGAAGUAUCAUCGGUUUAUCACCGGUCGCCACGAUCUACCAUUUUACUACAAAGAGGAGGUUGAGAUACAAAGGAGUUUCCUUGAUGCUUUCCUGAAGGGUGAAGAUCGCGAUGGAUGGAGUACUGUCGAAGCCCCCAAGAAAGGUAACGUGGGACACAACAACCCUGAAGCUGAGCGAUGCUUCGGCCGCCGUGAGGAGAAGGAGUGGCCAAUAGCCCGCACACAAUACACCAGGUUUUUUCUUUCUCCCAACUUGGAACUCAAGGAUUCCUCGCUAGCGCCACGAACCAGCUUGGUUGAGCUUGGAUACCGCGCUCGAGGCACUCUAGAUUGCCCGUCUUUUCUUCAAUUCGCAACUCAGCCAUUCUUGCAAGAGACAGAGAUCACCGGACAUAUCACUGCACACCUGAAUGUGUCAGUCACACCUGAUAAGGGUGUUCCUUUGCCGUCAGAUAUCGACCUUUUCGUCACAAUUCACUAUAUCUCUCCGUCUGGCAAAGAAGUCCACUACACUGGUACUGCUGGUGAUCCUGUACCUCUUACCAUGGUAAAAGGCUGGCUCCGAGUGAGCUUGCGUAAGGUGAAUACCCAGCACUUGCGGCACCGCGAGUAUCUACCAUACUGUGAUUACUUUGAAUCCGAUCUGAUGCCUGUCAUCCCUGGGGAAGUCUAUCCGGUUGACAUUGAGAUCUGGUCUACCAAUGUUGUGGUUGAAAAGGGCGGGAAGUCGGCUGAGAAAUUACAAGGCACUAACCAUAUCCACUUCGGUUCAGCCUACGACAAUUACGUGGUCCUUCCUGUGAUCCCCAACUAG